GCCCACCUUGUUGUUGCUCCUCCUGGGCUCGGCAACACUGGUGUCUCCUCGGCUGCGCCACCACCCUCCUCGCCCGCCACGGCGCAAACGUGACCACCACUGCAGCCAUGAGAGAGCGAGAGAGAGAGCUUGCCCUAGCGAGGAGCACAAGUUAUGAUAUGGGCGAGGUGGAGGUGAGGACGCUGGUGGAGCGCGAGGUGCCCGGCUGGGCGGAGGACGAUGUCAAGGUGGAUGCGCUGUUCAAGGCCUUCUCUGGGCAGCGCGAGGAUUGGCAGGGACGGCUCGACUUCUGGCGAGCGCUCAUCGUCAAGCUGGCUCGUCACCUGGGCCUCAUUGUCAUCGACGGCCGGGAAGUGCAACUGCGAUGGUUUCUACGCGAUGGACUACUGCCCUUGUGCCUGAACGAUGUCCUACGUGAAAUGCUGCGGUCUGGAGAACUCCAGGCAUUGGAACAGCAGGAGCGGCAGCAGCGAACUUCAAGCCUGGGACGGGCUCUGGCAUGGGCGCUGGGUUUCCAAACGGCCAAGGACACCAUCGACACUGCCGUGGGUGGCAGACUAGUCGUCACCGUUCUUCUCAAGGAAAGGGUGGCGCACGUCUGCAAAACUCUAGCCGACACAAGCUGGAAAUCGGACUGCAUUGUGACCAUGAAGUCGUUUGUGGGGCUGUUUGGCGAGACCGACGACGCCAAAGCUGCAAUGCACUACCUGCUUGACAAGAAGCUGGCUCGACACGUUUGCAUCGACGAAAGGGAUGAGCUGAUUGAGGGGCUCAAGAUAUCACUGGUGCAGUCUUGUGUGUCUGCCUUGAACCAAGUGGAUUACCACAUGUUGCAGCUCCACUGGACCAGCGAGAAGAUGAAGCAGAGGUUGGAUGCUCUUGACCAGCGAGUUUCACAGCUUCGCGAGGCUGCGGUCGGGGCUAAAGACAAGCGUGUUGCCUUGAGACACUUGAGAUCCAUGAAGGUCUUGGCAAGCAGCCGGGACAAGUGUGCGGACCUCAUGGCCAGGAUCCAGGAGAUACUGGACGCCAUCUCUGAUGCAGAAGCGACUAAAAAGGUCUCGGAAGCCAUCCAGCUGGGGAACCGCGCCAUGAGAGAACACCACGUCACUCUGGAAGAAGUUCACGAGCAACUCAAGGAGAUGGACGAAGCAAUGGUGCUGACGAAAGUAGUCGGAGACGCUCUAGGUGGCCCGGCGAGCAUCGACGCUGUUGAAGAUGAGGAUCUGCUACAGGAGAUCGCCAGCCUCGAGGAGGAGGUUCGCCAAGAACCGGGAGGACACAAAGAAGAGCUGGCAGGGACAAUCUCUACACCGGAUGAGGAAGUUGCUUUGGUGGUGGAAGGCUUUUCAAACUUGCAGCCGACGCUUUGCUGCAGUGUGGGACCGAGAUUAACGCACACUUCUGCAGUCACCACUAAGAUUUGCAGCACCCUGCUGCUAUAAAGUUUCCUGGUCGUCACGAAUCUAUUGAUCAGUGGCAAGCUAAAGAUCACAACCAUUCUUAAAACAAAGUAUCACACCUGAGUACCCAAAAUAAAUAUAAAACCUAGAGAUGUGACUCCACUUAA